AUGCGCCCGCUCUUCCUUGCGGACUACACCGCCGAAGGAUCAUCCUCAGCCGUGGAAGCAGUCGUCAAGUUUGCAGUCACGUACAACAAGGAUGCGCACAAGGAGCUUGCAGUCAAGCAUUACGCGCCACGGUUGUACGCCUGUGAAUCCGUGAUCGGUGGACGUGAGAUGGUCGUGAUGGAGCGCGUGCAUGGGAAGCGCAUGUGCGACUAUCCUCUUAACAGCCUUCCGAGCAGGGUUUUCGAGGACAUCAACCACGCUUUGGAGAUCCUGCAUAGCAAAAAACUUGUGUUUGGUGAUCUCCGCGACACGAACGUUAUGAUCCUUGACGACGAUAGCGAUGGCCGGACCAAAGCACAGUUCAUCGACUUCGACUGGGUCGGCGAAAACGGGAAGGCUUUCUAUCCAGCUCUAAUCAACACAAAACUCAUUGGUACAGAGUACGACUCCGACGUCCGGCCGCGUGGGCUCAUGCGCAAGAAGCACGACGAUUCGGCCGUCGCGUACCUUCGUGAGCGGUACUGCACGAAAGAGAAGGGCAGCGUGGAAGUGCCAGUAUAG